AGCAGGGGUUAGCUGUCUUAACCUUCAGGCCAGCUCUCAGUCCCUGGACUAUGUCAUAUCACAUCCGUGACUGUUUCAAACGGGAGUUCUGCUCUUACCUGUGGUACGGGAGCUUGGGGCUGGGAGGGCUGCUAACCCUGACUGUCAUCAUUCUGUCCAUCUGCCUGUACCGGUUCCAUCAGAGAGUGAAGAGGCUGGAGAGGAGCGAGGCCCAGCAACUGCAACAGGAGCUCCACUACGCCUCUCUGCAAAAGCUGCCGGCGUCCAGCAAUGAGCUCGCGGACGGAGAAAGAGAAGAGGAAAACACGGAGGACCCCAGCACCGACUAUGCCUGCAUUGCUAAGAAAAAACCCACUUGAGCAACCCCAAACGCCCCGCCCGCCCAGGGUGGGUGCUCCAAGUCAUCCUGUGUUCAUCUAGUAAAAACUAUGUCUCCCCGCU